UGCAUUCACGGUUUUGUAAAGGCAAUAAAAUAAUUAAUAUUAAAAAUAAAAUAUGUGUCACAGUUACAAGAAAUAAAUGAUUUUGAAAUUUAUAAUAGUUAUUUACUUUUAGUGACAAAAAUGUAUGGAAAAUGGAUGUGUUUCGUGAUAUUAGACCUCGUCAUCGUAACCUGCAGCACCCGGGACCGGUUCUACCACGACUACCACACCAGCCAUGACAAGAACCCUUGGAGUGGGGACUGGAGCCAAGGCUGGCAGCAUGACUGGUUAGGGCAGACUACUACUCGGCCCACCAGACGGAAGACCACAACUGCAAGAGUUGUAACUGAGAGUACCCCGACCCCAACGCACCCUCAACCCGUUAUCAGAGACGUCGAAAUAAGACUGGGAGAAAGCCAGACAACUGACUCCCCCACUCCGACUCCCAGACCAAUAACAUUAAUACAAGAUGAGUCUCUCGUGAAAGAGCAAAAGCCUCAAACUGUGAUCAAUUCUGGCCAGAAUCGUGAUAAUUUUCAAAGUGUAGGAGCCGAGAAUUCUGAUAUCAAACCUGUACAAGCUGAAAUGGCUUUAUCAAAUAAUGAUAAUAAACCAGUUUUCAAUCCUGCGUCAGAUAAUAAUAAUGGUUUUGGAAUAACAGUAGUAGAUGAUUCCAAGGCUAAUAAUAAUGGUUUUGGAAUAGCAGUAGUAGAUGAUUCUGAGGCUAAGCCUAUUCAAGAAACUGCUCUACCAAAUAACGACGCCAAACCUCAAGACAGCAUUGGGACUGAUCAAAUUACACCUAUAAGUACUAUAGACGCAGUUGACAAUCAAGCUAAACCUGUCCAAGCAGAUCCAAAUGAUAGCAAAAAGCCCGUUUCAGAUGAUGAUAAUUAUGAAGAAUAUUUAGCAUCAAUAGACGCAGCUUUAGGUGAUAUUCGUGGAACUAAUAAUGGGAAAGAUGCACCAUUGUUCGAUGAGAAGGCGAGUAUGUGGCAUGUCGCUAUUUAUGAGAAGAAGAUGGCAUUGACUGAACAUGUUUAUACAUGUGGAGGGUCGUUGAUCAAGGCUGACAUGGUUAUUUCAGCGGGGCACUGCUUCUGGUCCCCCGUGUGGCAGGCGCUGCCGACGACGCGGUUCCGUGUCGCGGCCGGCAAACUGUAUCCCGACUACGGUGAUCAGAGAGACACGAAUGCACAGUAUUCUGAGAUUAAAAACAUAUCAAUAUCAGACAUGGAUGAACCGUGCAAGCAGCCGGACCUGGCGUUCAUGAUUCUGGUGAGGCCGUUCAUAUACACCAGCAUCGUCAAGCCGGUGUGCUUCAGCUUGGAUUGGGACUUGGAGUCAAUCAGGCAGAUUAGGGAAGAGAAUAUAGGAACGGUAGCAAGCUGGAUCGCCAUAAAGAACGGUGAAUGCGUACCCCGACGACACAGCUGGCUGUCCCUCCCGUUCGCCAAAAGCGACGUGUGUCAGUAUAAGGUGCACUACCAGACCACUGGAAGCACCUUGAGCUGUCCUGGCGAGAUGAAUAUUACAACUGCAUGCGAUACUGACAGCGGCAAUGGCUUGGUAUUUUAUCGAGACAAGGUCCCAUUCAUCCUUGGUGUUGCCACCGCGCCCGUCGUUCGCCGAUGUGGCAGACUCUACAGCCGCAGAACUUACACUGUAUCGGCCAUAAUCGAGGAGAGUGGAGAUUUAAGGAAAUUCUUGAAGGGCAUUACUGCUGAUGUCUACAAUUUGGGCGAGUGUGAGAACUUGUACAGAAAUCCAAAUGAUAAUAAUCAGAACAACGAAACGGACUAUGGGCUUGGAGAUAGAUUCGUGCAGGUUGCACCACCUGCCGAAGACGGUAACUUGUACACCGGGCAAGGCAUAGGGUCCACGCCGGUGCCGACGCUGCCGGGCACUAGCGCCCCCUCGUUCCAGUGGCACGUCGGAGUCUACAGCAAGCGCUGGGCGCCGUACAUGCAGAUAUGCGGCGGGUCGCUCGUCAAACGCGACUUCGUUAUAUCAGCGGCCCACUGCUUUUGGGAAGACGUGGGCGGCCAGCAGCGCGCGAGCCUGUUCGCGGUGGCCGGCGGUAAGCUGUUCCGUCCGUGGAACAACACGCAGGACACUUACGCGCAACAUUCUGAUGUAUCAGAGAUAAUCUUGCCCGCCCGGUUCCGCGGCGGCACCACCAGCUUCCAGGAUGACAUCGCCAUCCUGCGGCUGACCACCCCCUUCACGUACGCGCCGGGCGUGCAGUCCGUCUGCGUGGACUUCGACCGGCAGUUCGAAAUGAAACAGUUGCGACCAGGGAACAUCGGAACGAUCCUCGGCUGGGGUCUGACGGAAAAGAACGGCAAUCCAUCACAGCGCCUCACGUACCUGGACCUCCCGUACAUUGACGUCGACAAGUGCUUCGCGGACUCCGAGUUCUCCUUCCACAAGUACAUCACCAGCGACAAGAUCUGCGCCGGAGACGUUUUCACUGGCAAGGCGCUCUGCCGCGGCGACAGCGGCGGAGGCUUCGUCCUCUACUCCUCAGAGAUCCCGUACCUGCACGGCGUCUCGUCUACCGCCGCCGGUGACGACAACCUUUGCAACGCCUUCGCCAUCGCCGCCUUUACCAGCCUCUACGCACACCGCGCGUUCCUUAGAGACAACAUACCGGACAUAGACAAGGAAUGUGUUCAAUCAGAGACUAGAACACAGUCAGCACAAAAAGUAAAUGUAGACACGGCUCUUGGGAUAGAAGGAGCUGUGACGACAGGGGCUCCGACGUCAGUGUAUACCAACAUGCCGUAUUUCCCUUAUCCUAAUCAUUUUGUGUGCAAUUGCAAUUGUAAUCCUUAGGUCUUAAUA